CCUCACUAACAGAAAAUGCUUCAAUACCUUUUUUAAUAAAUUUAAACCUUUAAAAAAGGUAAUAUAGCAUUAUCCUUUGAAUGAUAAGUAUAAACUAAUUUAUGUUUUUAAAGGUUGUUAGGUUCUUCCUACUCAAGGAAGGAACUAGGAUUUCAAUAAGGGGGUGAAAGGGCUUAACCAAAAUUUAGAGGAUCAAAGUUUUUAUACUAUACACAAUUGCAAAAGCAUUGAAGGAUAAGCUUUCAUUAUUAUACAUAAUUACAAGGGACUAUCUCAAAUAUCGGGGCAAGAGCCACCCCUAUCCCCCUUGUUCCACUACUAUUGCCACUGGCUUGCUCUUUGGAAAAACUUUCAAUAAGUUAUUAUCACUUUUGAAUGUACUUUUGAUUAUGAGAAAAAUACCAACCAUGCUUUCAUUGUUUUUUUUUUUUUUCCUGUCAGUGUUAUUCGUCCCUGGAGCAAUCCCUGGCUUGUGUGGUCUAUAGCGCUGACUAUGCUUCUCCAUUUACUAAUUUUGUACAUUGAACCUCUCUCCAUCCUUUUCUCUGUAGUUCCAUUAUCAUGGACCGAAUGGAAAGUUGUCCUGUAUCUCUCUUUUCCUGUGCUGAUAAUUGAUGAGGUUUUGAAGUUCUUCUCAAGAAGAUCUAGAGGUAGGAAUUUCAAUUUUAGGUUCAGAAGGGCUGACUUACUUCCCAAGAGAGAAGAACACGACAAAUAAACUUAAUACGACACCAGUCACAAUUUUUUCCUUUUUGCUUGUUUGAAGAAGAAGAGUUAAAUUAGGCAGAAGCUUUGGCCACAGAAUUCUUAUGACAACCUGUUUAAGUGCAGGGGAAAGAAAACCACAGAAUUUAUCUUGUUGAGCGUGUACAACUGUGUUGAGAUAGUUUUGAGUGAGAUAAUUGAGAUUGCAUCCAUUAUUCUAAUAGGAAUUUUGAUAUCCAUAUAUAUAUAUAUAUAUAUACACGCAUGCUUCACUGUUCAUGGAAGGUAUCUAUUUUGUUAUCUUGCAUGAGUUUUGCUCUUUUCUUACCAUCGGGCAAUGAUAUCAGAAAUUUUGUAAUGAAUACACGAAUCGAAGGCACAGGUGAAAUUUCAAACUAAUCUGGAGGCGUAGAAAGCCUUGAGUUUUAA